AUGACCAAAGAUUCUCCCACCCCUUUGGGUAGUGGCCGCGCAUCGCCCAAGAAGACCGGCAGCCCGGGGCCGCCGGCGGCGGUGCUGGAGGAGCAGAGACGGGAGCUGGAGAAGCUGCGGGCGGAGCUGGAGGCGGAGCGUGCGCGCGGACGGGCGGAGCGGCGGCGCUCAGCGGCCCAGGCGCGGCAGCUGCGGGAGUCCGCCGAGCGGGAGCGACAGCAGCUGGCCGACCACCUGCGCUCCAAGUGGGAGGCGCGGCGCUUCCGGGAGCUGCGGCAGCUGCAGGAGGAGGUGCAGCGGGAGCGCGAGGCGGAGAUCCGGCAGCUGCUGCGCUGGAAGGAGGCCGAGCAGCGGCAGCUGCAGCAGCUGCUGCACCGGGAGCGCGACGGCGUGGUGCGCCAGGCUCGGGAACUGCAACGGCAGCUGGCUCAGGAGCUGGUGAACCGCGGUUUCUGCGGCCGCGCGGGGGCGUCGUCCUCCGAGGUCGCCGCCGGGCAGUGUCACUGUCGCCUGCAGGACGUGCUGGCGCAACUGCGCUGGGAAACCGACAGCGAGCAGGCCGCACGCAUCCGACACCUGCAGGCUGCGCUGGAAGUGGAACGCCAGCUCUUCCUCAAGUACAUCCUGGAGCACUUCCGCUGGCAGCCCGUUCUGCCUGGACCCACGGACCCCCAAGCCUUGCAUCCCUCGGAAGACCGGUCCCCUGAAACCCCGAGCAGCGUUCACCAGGCGCCAGAAAAGCCCGCCUGCAGACUCCGAUCCCUAGAAAGCCUGAGCGCUGGUGGCGUCCGCGUCCGCUCCCGCUCCCUGGAUGCUAAGUGCUCCAGCUGUCCGGACGAUCUGCUGCCCACUCGCGCCAGCUCCCUAGAUUCCUUGGCCACUUCGCGUUCCUGCUCCAUUGACAGCCCACCGAAUUGCCCCCAGGCCUCCAAAUCCGAGGUGAGGGCCUCCCCGACCAUCGCCUCCAUCCCAGACACCCCCAGUCACCCGCCGCCACCAUCAGCACAUAGGAAACGUAGCACCCCGCGGGAAGAGGACUCCGAGAAGGAGCCCUGCCAAGCUCUGAACCCUUCACCGCCCCGACUGCAUUACCACGAACUGGUAACUCAGAACUCGGAGCUGGCCGAGGCGUUGCAGGUGCUGGUGCGCCGCUGCUCGGUCCUGCGCGAAGAGAACAUGCAGCUGCGGCGCGCGGGCUGCUCGGAUGAGGCCGAAGAGAAAGUCAAGCGACUUAAAGUGAAGCACGCAGAGCUCACCUGCCUGGCGCGACGCCUGGAGGACAGGGCCCGCAAACUGCAGGAGACCAAUCUACGGGCCUUGAGCGCGCCUGGACCUGGCGAAAGCCUCGCGGGCCUGGAGCUGUGCCAGGCAUUUGCCCGCCAGCGCGCUCAGGAUUUGUCAGAACAGGCCAGCGCGCUGCUGGCCAAGGACAAGGAGAUCGAAGAGCUGAGGCGGGAGUGCCACCUGCUGCAAGCGCGCCUCGCCACCGACCUCGGCGGCUCCUCGCAUCCUGAAGAGGGCGCCCCCUGCAAGCAGUGGCUCAACAUCAGCGACUUGGACCGACUGCAACGUGAGUCUCAGCGGGAAGUGCUGCGCCUGCAAAGGCAGUUGACGCUGCAGUAUUGUAAGGGCGUUGCCGCCGCGGCUGCGGGGGCCGAGGCGGGCGGCCAGAGCGCACCCUGCGAGGUGCAGGCCUUGCGGCGCGAGCUGGGGGCGCAGCAGCUAGAAUGCAAAAGGCUGAGCGCCCAGGCUGCUGCGGCGCGCCGGCGCAGCGAGGAAACGGAGGCGCAGCUGGAGGCAGCUCUGCGCAAGGGCGCCUGGCUGGCGGAGGAGAACGCCCGUUUGCAUGCCCUGGCAGACUGGGUGCGGAAGGUGGCGAAUCCGAACAACGACUCACAGCUGAGCCACGCGUGUCAGGAACUCGAAGCCACCGGCCUGCUGGCUCAGCAGCCGCAGCUGCUGCAACAAGCGGUGUGCAGGCAAGACGGGCAACAGCAGCUGCAGUACUACCCACAGAAGGCCCUGAGUUACCUCCAGCCUGGGAAAGAGAUGCAGGGGUUGCAGUGUCAGCCUGGCCACCCUUCCGAGGAACCAGGGGAGACCACCCAAGGCCCAGCCACAGGUAGCAGAAAGCCCAAGUUCAAGUCAAACUCUGAAGAACAUGCAUUGUCAUUGCCUAUCAGAGACAUACAGCCUCCUAUUGGUCUCUCCCUGCAAGACAGCCAAGUUGCCCUUGGAAAACCAGUCAGUGCCCCUCACGUGUCAGACAGAUGCCCUUCCAGUCAGCCUCUGGAGUGCAGGUCCCAGGCCAAGAAAACCAACUCCCAGUCAGACUCUUCCUCUGAGAUGGAGUCUAUGUGGGCAACAGUGCCAUCUUGUUUUUCUCUGGACAUGGACACAGCAAGUGAGGUGGAUGACCUAGAGCCAGACACUGUGUCCGCUCCUUUAGAAGGGAGGGACGCCGAGGCUCCCACCUCUCCCAAGCCUAAGAUCUUCCUGGCUAGGUAUAGCUACAACCCAUUUGAGGGACCUAAUGAGCAUCCCGAGAAGGAGCUUCCCCUCGCAGCUGGAGACUACGUCUAUGUCUUUGGGGACAUGGAUGAGGAUGGCUUCUAUGAAGGGAAGCUUGUGGAUGGGCGGCAGGGCCUGGUGCCCUCCAACUUGGUAGAACCGAUUUCUGGCAGCCCUGUCUUGAGCUGCCCACUCCCCCAGUGUACUGACUUUGGCCCUAUGACACUACCAACUGGGCAGAGCAAAGCCCUGAAGAAAGACAGCUUACUGCUUGAGGAAGUUGAGGGAUCAGUGGAGAGAAGCCCAUUCCAAAUGGGAAAGGCAGACUCCAAGACAAAUACUAUGGCGGUAAAGAUCUUGGAGAAUAAGGCAGAAGCGUGUUGGCCCUGCUCACCACCAAGCAUGGAGAAGCAAGGCUUCUCUAGAUCCCUUCCAGAGGCCAAAGGAGCACUAUCAGUGGCCCCCAGGCAGCUUCAACUGCAAAGUGUUUCAGCUACCUCAGCUGAGAUCACCUGGGUCUGUAGCAGUCACAGAUAUCCCCAUGUGGUGUACCUUGAAGACCAGGAGCAUGCCCGGACGCCCUCCGGUGUGAGCUGCUAUACCUUCCAUGGCCUACAUCCUGGCACAUGCUACCGGGUGCGAGUGGGGGUGCAGUUGCCCAGGGACCUGUGGCAAGUGCCUUGGAAAACUAUGUCCUACACCAUCACCUUUGACACGCCCUUAGCGGGACCCCCCUUCCCCCCAUUGGAUGUAUUGGUAGAGCACCACACCUCACCAGGUUUCCUGGUGGUCAGCUGGCUCCCUGUGACCAUUGACUCAGCAGGGUCCUCCAAUGGAGUACAAGUCACUGGCUAUGCUGUGUAUGCAGAUGGGCACAAGGUAGCGGAAGUUGCUGAUGCUACCGCUGGGAACACCCUGCUGGAAUUUUCCCAGCUUCAGGUGCCCCUAGUAUGCCAGAAGGUCUCAGUGAGAACCAUGUCACUCUAUGGCGAGUCUCUGGAUUCAGUGCCGGCUCAGAUCCCUGAGGACUGCUUCCCUUGUCACCCAUUCCUGGAGACGCCUCCCUUUAGCUUCAUUGAUGGUGACCCUUCUGCCUGCAGAGUCACCUUCCCUGUCUGUCAUCAGAAGCUGCUGCAGGCUUCUCUGAGUACCAAGGCUGACCUGCAUAUUCCUGGAAAUUGUGGGGAGCCUCAGGCCAACUUUCUAGAAGCAUUCCCUGAAGAAUGCCCAAGGAAGCUGACCCCAGAGUCCAACCCGGGCUCAGAAAGAGCUGGCAAUCAAGCUCAGGGGUCCACAGAGGCCUGGAAACUCUGUGGAAAGGACCUGCUCCUUUGGAAGAGUCCUCAGAAACACAGUCUACCUUUGUCUAGUGGCCAGUCUGGGACAAAAGAAGGUCACUACCAGCACAUGUGCAUCAUCAGAAGCCCCACUCCAGGAUUCGUCCAUCCAUCCCCAGAGUGUGGGCCCAAGAAAGAACCAUGUCCAGAGAAGGUUGCUGUUGAGAAAGCCCUUGGGCAGAGCCAAGAUGCCCAAAUGUUCGCCCCUCAUCAGCAAGGUGCUAGCCAGUACUAUGCAACUGACAUCAACCAUGUUUUAGAGGAGGAGGAGGCCCUGUCCUUGGAUUAUUGGCACGCCAGGAAGACAAAGCAGAGAAAGAUGUUCAGGACCCAGCAUGGCCAAGGACAGGCUCCAAGAGAUAAGAAAAUGCACCUGCUUCAUGAACCCAGCACAGUGCUUUGCCCAGCUCCAACCAGCAAAGUCAUUAAGCUGUCUAGUGAUGACCCUGAGCAGCUGAAGAUAGAGGCCAAUACUCCAGCCAGGGUCUUUGUGGCCCUCUUUGAUUAUAGCCCCCUGGCGAUGUCUACCAAUCCCAAGGCUGCAGAGGAGGAGCUCACCUUCCAGAAAGGGCAGCUGCUGAGAGUGUGGGGCUCUCAGGACCACCACGGCUUCUACUAUGGCGAGUGCAAUGGGCAAGUGGGGAAAAUUCCUGGUCACCUAGUGAUCGAGGUAGAGGUGGGUACUGAGCAGACUGAUGGGAGGUGGCAUUUACCAGCACAAGGACAACUGCCCUCUGGUACCCACCUUGAAGACUUUGAGGGGCUUACUGACCCUCAGGGAUCCUUUCUCAUGCCCCAAGGGAACUCUAGGACACCCACACUGUGGACCCCAAAAACAAUGGUGGCAGCCUUGGACUAUGAUCCCAGGGAUGGGAGAGCGGGAGUCCAUGCAAAGGGCAAGCUGGUACUAAGGGCUGGAGAUGUGGUCACAGUCUAUGGGCCUGUGGAUGAUAAGGGAUUCUACUAUGGUGAGUAUGGUAGCCACAGGGGACUGGUCCCAGCCCACCUCCUGGAUGACUUGUCUGUCCAUGGAAUGUAAGUAGGGCUCCUUCGGGGGGUAGCUCUGGCUGCUCACACCCCUUGGGAGGAGAAGUGCACAUAUACCUUCACCCUCCUCAACCACCGUUUUAAGCAACAUUGACUCCCAGCAACACCGCAUUGAACUGAUGAUUGUCUACAGGUGUCACCCAGCAUCCAAAAGCAGGGGGCUGCAGAAGUCCGAGUUGAGUUUCCGAAAGAAAAUCAAACCAGCCAAACUUGAGAGCUUUACAGUCUGUUUCAAAGACAUGAAUAAUGACAACAGGUAUUAGAAGUGCCUUUUUUGUGGUCAAUUUGUUUUCUUUAGCAGGUUAACAUUAUUCAUCCAUUACCUUGUAUGAAAGUCUUAAGAAAAGUAUGCAUCUUAAAAAGAAAAAGCAAUCAGAAUGUUACUUUUCUA